GCGGGUCUGACAACGUUUCCAAACACGAGCAUGUUCCAGAAGCUCUAUUUUCCUCUCUCAGCUGAUAGUGACGUAACGCGUGCAGCUUAGAGCCGGCGCACACGAGGCAAACAGAGUUAACGGACUGCUUGUUUGGCGUGUUGGGGGGACCGUAGAGUAGACCACUGAGGAACAGCGGUACACUGCGGACAUAUUGUGUUGUUGAAAUUAUUUGGGUCGGGGCGGUGGAGAGGAGGACUGGAGGAGGAGGCUAGCUGUCUGUGCGGCUGUCACGAAGAGAGGGGGAGCACAUACCAGAGGUACUGCUAUCAUAACUAAUUCAUUGUCGAUCCAAACCGGUGGACAGACGGCUAAACUGCUCACUGAGUAGGCCGACAGACUCAGACGUUGUAUUUUUCUUUCAGGGGCAGCGCUGUGAGGAGUGACAGGAGGCAAAAUGGUGGAUUACUAUAACAUUCUGGGAGUAUCCAAAACAGCCUCUCAGGAUGACAUCAAGAAAGCGUACAGGAAACUGGCACUGAAAUGGCAUCCAGACAAAAAUCCAGAUAACAAGGAUGAAGCAGAGAAAAAGUUCAAAGAACUGGCUGAAGCCUAUGAAGUGCUAUCUGACACUAGUAAGCGUGAUGCAUAUGACAGAUAUGGAAAUGACAGAAUGGGACACACAGGUUACUCCAGCUCAGACGUCUCAUCAGAUUUCCCAGGAUUCACCUUCACAUUCCGCAACCCAGAUGACGUGUUCAGAGAGUUUUUUGGCGGCCAGGAUCCCUUCGCUAACUUCUUUGAUGACUUCUCAUCCUUUGGAGGCUCAUCCUCUCGCCUCGGCCCCAGUCGGUUCUUUUCUUUUCCUUCAGCAGGAGUUGAUUUUACCUCCUUCUCCUCUUCAUUUGGUGGUCUGGAUGGGAUGGACAGCAUGGGCGGAGGGAUGGGCAACUUCAAAUCAGUUUCUACCUCCACUCGCAUCAUAAAUGGCAAACGCACCACCACCAAGAAGAUAAAGGAAAACGGGCAGGAAAGAACAGAGAUUGAGGAGGAUGGGGUGUUAAAGAGUGUCGUAAUAAAUGGUGUAGAGGAUGAAAUGGCCCUUGCACUGGAGCUGAGUCGACGAGAGGGACACCCCCGGCACUCAACUCAGAAGCCACAAAUCCAGAACAGAUCACCUGCCGAGUAUGACAGAUCCCGCCCCAGCCCUUACUCUGCAGCCACACACCGGUCAUUCAGCUCCGCUCCCUUCUACAACUGCGGGGUUGUGGGCGGCAGCGAGGAUGAUGAAGAAGAUGAAGACCUGCAGAUGGCUUUGGCAUGCAGCCUGUCAGAAAUGGAAGCCCAGCAGAGAGCAGCUGCAACUGACUUCAUAUCAGGUGCUGGGGGUGGGGGCAGAGCCAUGAUUGACAAAACCAGUGGUCAUAAAGGAGGCAGGGUUGUUAAGACUACGAAUUUGAAUGUGGCUGUUAGUAAAAAGGUUGUUACAGGAGAGAGAGAUGAAGAGGGGCAGUUUAAAAUGGGCCCUGGGCCUGGAGCUCGGUGGGAAACGGAGAGAAAUGGAACCAGGGAACCAGACUUCUCUCCUGAGUCAUCCACAACUGCCAGCACUACGCCGCUAAGCCAAAGCACUGAAGAAGAGUUUGCACCUGCCAUGAAAAAUAGUGAUGGCAGUGUGAAAAAGAAAAAGAAGUGUGGCUGUACUAUGUGCUAAUGCAGUGUUGGAGUGUGUGUGUGUGUGUGUGUGUGUGUUUGUAUUUGGGUGUAUUUGGGAUGCCUUAUUUUUAUACUUACCUCAGUGUUGCCUACAGCCCGACUCUAAUGUGAUGUGAUUGCCAGCCUCUUUCAGGCAGUGCUUCAACUGAUCACAAGGCUUUCAUGCGGUCUUAACACCUCUAAAAGAGACAGUAAGUCAACCUUGACAGGGUUAUACUUCCACAUAAUUUGCCAAUACAAGCUACAAGAUCAAACAGAAUGCAAAGCAAUACAGAGGACUGCUUCUGAACGUAUGUAAAUAAACC